AAACAGAGGUAGGAUAUAAUACACAUUAGCUUCCUCCUACUCCUUUUAAAAGGGGAAAUGGUCAACAUUUUUUUUAUCCAUGGGAAUAUAAUGGCUUUCAUUGAUUUUGUGUAGAUUUGAUUGAUUGAUUAAUAUUCUCUCACAACCCUCAUAAAAUAUCUACAUAUCAAGCACAGCUGGGCUAUUUUCCCUGCAGAUGUUUACUUGUAAUGCUUGAAGUGGAUUUUGCUGACACUUUUUCUUCUGCACUCUGAAUGCAUUUCCCCGUUAAACAGUAUUUUACUUGAUUGUAUCACAAUUGCUUAAAAUGGCAAGCAUCCAAUAAAAACAGCAGUACGGCACAAUAUUUUUUUUUUUUUUAAUCCAAGUGUUGUUUAGACUCCGUGGUCAUGUUUGUGUGGAAGGCUGAAAUGCGCUGAUCUCUUGUGUCCUUGCCCAAAUGUUAAUGUUCCCGUUUCAGUUUGAGUUCUGUUGGAGUCUCCGAGGAGACUCGGAGCCUCCAACAGAUGGUGCUAAUCUCUCUCUCGCGCUCUCUCUCCGUCUCUGUCUCCCUCAUCAUCAAGAGUUGGGUGAUAAUUCAACAGUUAUGUCAUGAGGUGUACCCGCACCUCAAGAAGCAGAGCUGUGAUGUUCGCUGCUGCUGCAGACCUGUCCUCUCUACGUCUCCCACAGUGUUUCCCACUCCACACGCUGACAGCCAAAUGAUUUCACUCGCGCCUCUCAGCGUGUCCGUUUGAAGAGUUCAUCGGGCGGUUGUCACAUCGCUGGCAGCCUCUGUCUGAGUGCACUCCUUUUUGGCAGAUCACCCUCCGAUGCAAUUAAUCCAGGAAGACGACUUCGCCAAGGGAGACUCAACGCCGACCACCGCAGCACUCCAGUCCGACGGCAGCGCCGGAUCUCCGGCCAAAAUGUGCAGUGAAUGUUACGUGAAUCAGUCAUUUGUGAACGAUGACGGGAGCGUGAACGACCACAAGCCACGCUCAUCCCCAGCCCCACUCCAGACCAAAAACAGCAGCCGCAGUACUGGGGUUAUCUUAGACAUCUCUACCCUCAAGAUGGAGCAGCUAGAGAGCGAGGUGCCUCCUCUGCCGCCCCGUUUCCGCUUCAGAGACCUUCUUCUUGGGGACCAGAGCUUCCCGAAUGAUGACAGGGUGCAGGUAGAGUUUUAUGUGAAUGAAAACACCUUCAAGGAGCGCCUGAAGCUUUUCUUCAUCAAAAAUCAAAGAUCAAGCCUCAGGAUUCGUGUGUUCAACUUCUCCCUGAAGCUGCUCACCUGUCUGCUGUACAUCAUCAGAGUGAUGACAGACAACCCCGCUCAGAGCGCAGGCGCCAGCCACAGCGCCGCGCAGCAAAACGCUCCCAGUGGCAACAACAAAUGUGUCGACUGUCAGUGGAACGGUUCAGUGCAGGACAGAGAAAUUAACUGGGAGUUGAUCUUCUGGGUGGAUAGGAAGGUUCCUGUCUGGGCCAUUCAAGUGAUUGUGGCCAUCAUUAGUUUCCUGGAGACUAUGUUACUAAUGUAUCUGAGUUACAAGGGGAACAUUUGGGAGCAGAUAUUCCAGGUGUCCUUUCUUCUGGAGAUGAUCAACACAGUUCCCUUCAUCAUUACGAUUUUCUGGCCCUCGAUAAGGAACAUUUUCAUUCCUGUGUUUCUCAACUGCUGGCUGGCCAAAUGUGCUUUGGAGAAUAUGAUCAACGAUGUCCAUCGAGCGAUCCAGAGGACCAACUCAGCCAUGUUUAACCAGGUCCUCAUUCUGAUCUGCACCCUGCUCUGCCUCGUCUUCACUGGCACGUGUGGGAUUCAGCACCUGGAACGAGCAGGCAAAAACCUCUCCCUCUUCACUUCGUUCUACUUCUGCAUUGUCACCUUCUCCACUGUGGGCUUCGGAGAUGUGACUCCCCGCAUAUGGCCUUCCCAGUUACUGGUAGUCAUCAUGAUCUGCGUGGCCCUGGUGGUGCUGCCUCUUCAGUUUGAAGAGCUGAUCUACCUGUGGAUGGAGAGACAGAAGUCUGGGGGGAAUUACAGCCGCCACAGAGCACAGACAGAGAAACAUGUUGUGCUGUGUGUCAGCGCACUCAAAAUAGACCUGCUCAUGGAUUUUCUCAAUGAAUUCUACGCUCAUCCACGACUGCAGGAUUACUAUGUGGUGAUCCUGUGCCCAACUGAAAUGGACCUCCAGGUGCGAAGGGUGCUGCAGAUCCCUCUGUGGUCUCAAAGAGUCAUCUAUCUGCAAGGGUCUGUCCUCAAAGAUCAGGAUCUGCUUAGAGCCAAAAUGGAUGAUGCAGAGGCUUGUUUCAUAUUGAGCAGUCGUAACGAGGUGGAUCGCAUGGCUGCGGACCAUCAGACCAUCCUAAGAGCUUGGGCAGUGAAAGACUUUGCUCCAAAUUGUCCCCUAUAUGUCCAGAUACUCAAACCUGAAAAUAAGUUCCAUGUUAAAUUCGCAGAUCAUGUUGUUUGCGAGGAAGAGUUCAAGUACGCCAUGCUGGCUCUCAACUGUGUUUGCCCUGCCACCUCCACUUUGGUCACACUCCUUGUACACACUUCCCGUGGACGAGAAGGACAGCAAUCCCCGGAGCAGUGGCAGAGGAUGUAUGGAUGUUGCUCCGGCAACGAGGUCUACCACAUCAAAGUGUGUGACAGCAAGUUCUUUGGAGAGUACAAUGGCAAAAGCUUCACAUAUGCCUCCUUUCAUGCUCACAAGAAGUAUGGUGUUUGUCUGAUUGGUAUAAAGAGGGAAGACAACAAGAGCAUCCUGUUAAACCCUGGGCCACGCCACAUCAUGGCUUCUACAGACACCUGCUACUACAUCAACAUCACCAAGGAGGAAAACUCAGCCUUCAUCUUCAACCAGGAGGAGAAGAAGGGUGGUCCUGCUGGGGGACUCUUUGAUGGGCCUUCACAGCUUCCUGUCCACAGCAUCAUUGCCAGCAUGGGUACGGUUGCCAUGGAUCUUCAGAAUACAACCCCUCCUGACGCUUCAGUAGGUAAACUGGUCCCACCUACAGUAAAUGGAGCUGGAAGCCGUAGGCCGAGCAUUGCUCCGGUUCAGGAAUUAGCAGACUCUGCCUCAAUCUUGCCAUGUGAUCUGCUAAGUGACCAAUCAGAAGAUGACUCAGUCUUCACAGAUGAAAAAGGCCACUCAUCUACAGAGUAUGUGAAAGGUUAUCCCCCUAACUCUCCGUACAUUGGGAGCUCGCCCACCUUGUGCCAUCUGUUGGCUGAAAAAGCCCCGUUUUGCUGCCUACGUCUGGACCAGGGGUGCAGGCACAACAGCUUCGAGGAUGCCAAAGCGUACGGGUUUAAAAACAAGCUCAUAAUCGUUUCGGCCGAAACAGCAGGGAAUGGUCUCUAUAACUUCAUAGUGCCUCUCAGAGCCUAUUACAGACCCAGGAAAGAACUCAACCCUAUUGUCUUGCUGUUGGAUAACCCGCCUGAUAAUCACUUCUUGGAGGCCAUCUGCUGUUUCCCAAUGGUCUACUACAUGGCUGGAUCCAUAGACAAUCUGGACAGCCUGCUCCAGUGUGGGAUCAUCUACGCCGAUAACCUGGUCGUUGUGGAUAAAGAGAGCACCAUGAGCGCCGAGGAAGACUACAUGGCCGAUGCCAAAACUAUUGUCAAUGUGCAGACAAUGUUCAGGUUGUUUCCCAGUCUCAGUAUAAUCACAGAGCUUACUCACCCAUCCAACAUGAGAUUCAUGCAGUUCAGAGCGAAGGACUGCUACUCAUUGGCUCUCUCUAAGUUGGAAAAGAAGGAGCGUGAUAAAGGCUCCAACUUGGCCUUCAUGUUUCGCCUACCCUUCGCUGCGGGCAGAGUCUUCAGUAUCAGCAUGCUGGACACCCUCCUCUACCAGUCUUUUGUGAAAGAUUACAUGAUCCUUAUUGCAAGACUGCUGCUGGGGCUGGAUACCACCCCAGGAUCAGGAUACCUGUGUGCUAUGAAAGUAAAAGAGGAGGAUCUGUGGAUUGGCACUUACGGGAGACUGUUCCAGAAGCUCUGCUCUUCUAGUGCUGAAAUUCCUAUUGGGAUCUAUCGAACUGAGUCACACAUUUUCUGUACUUCUGAGUCGCAGGUGUCAGUCAGCGUUGAUGACUGCGAGGACACAAAGGAUAAAGGGGACGAGUCUCGCAACAACGACCCGUCCGAUCACCCCCUGCUGAGGAAGAAGAGCAUGCAGUGGGCUCGGCGUCUGAGUAAGAAAAGUGUGCGGUGGCAGGGGGCAAGCCGGGAUUCGAGCAAAGAAAACGCCCAGCGCAUUGCCCAGCAGCGCCUCAACCUCUACAGGCGCUCUGAGAGGGAAGAGCUGUCAGAACUGGUCCGCAACCGCAUGAGGCACCUGGGCCUCCCCACAUCUGGAUAUGAUGACCUGACAAAUCUGACAGCCAGUGAUGUCAUGAACAGAGUUAAUCUGGGUUACCUACAAGAUGAACAGAACGAUCACCAAAAUACUCUCUCCUAUGUUCUUAUUAACCCAUCUCCUGACACUAGGCUGGAGCUCAACGAUGUUGUCUACUUGAUUCGUUCGGACCCUCUGGCUCACGUCCCCGAGGAGCCUCCUGUCCACAGCAGCAGCCUGAAAGAGAGACAUGAGUCCAGCAUGGACACCAGAGAGGACACCCAGCUCUGAUACCCUGACAACCUUUAUUGCUACACUCAUUACCCCAGCUUCAGCUUCUGUGGGGGUCUUGUUGCAUCCGUGCAGGUCUAGUCUGAAAGAGGACAAUUCGUGCUACAAAUUUUCAGCACCUGCAGUCUGCCACUGUAUUAUACGAGUGCCUAAUGUUUGUCAGGUGACAGCUGAUGUCAUCGGUGACAUUUUCAUCCUCUUGCCACAAACUCUGUAAAAAAUAGUGUGUUGGUAUUUGUGAGAGCUCUGUUUAAAUGAGCAGUCAGGGAAAUGCUUGUUAUGAAGUAAAGUAAGCUAACUGAAGGAAUGUCAGUCAGUUUGAUCAGAGCUAAAGAUCCGGCCCUGGUUAGAAUGAAUCGGAUUCAUUUAGCCAUUCAAGUAUGAGCACAGAAAUAUGUCUUUGUUAUGAGUGUCUUUGUCAUUGAAAGCUACUGAACUCUGGUGGUUUGGUUUGAAGUAUCUUUAUUGGAGAAAUUGUGACAUUGAAGUUCAGGAUUUAAUCCUCUUUCCUUGCUUUUUUUUUGAGAAUAUCAGGUGAUCAUAUUUUGAAUUUCCCUGGAUAAACAUGUUCUGUUUACCACCACUCGCAUAAACUCAAGCGUAACUUGCGACACUACAUGACUCAAAUAAAAAUAUAUGCUUUAAACUCCCAAAGCUUAAAUUUUGCAGCUGAAGAAUAGAAGUAGAUUUUUAGUGAUGUAGAUUAGUAUUAUGUACAAACAAUGGUGGUUACUUAUAUGUUUGUUGCAGUGCAUUUCUUAGACUGGAUGAGGUAUCUACUACUACAAGAGCUUAGUUCAACCCUUUAAACAGGCUGUGCCAUGUAUUCAAUAUUGUGUCAUAAAGUAUUUAGUUGAUUAACACUAUAUUAGUAAUUAGAGAGCGCCAUUUUUCUUUCAGCACCGCUAAGUGAAACACUUUUGCCUCAUAAUAUACAAUUGUGGUUGCUUUGGCCUAAUGUAAGAGUCUUUCUGACUCUUUGACUUCGUACUUAUUUGAGUGUUGAACUUAUUUAUACUUGAGUCUUAUUUUAUUCGCACAUUAAAGUGCUAUAUGAUGAACAUAACAUACUGAAAUGAUUUCAAGUUGCCUAUAUUGUUUUUUACUAUAGCAACAUGUCUAUUACUAAGCAAUGAGAUUAAAGGAAUAGUCUGAUGCUUUAGAGAUUUUGCAAGAAUUUUGAGACGACUGCUACUGCUUAAAUUGUUUUAAGAUAAUGUCAUUAAAAUGUUAGCUUACUUUAAGAUAAGCACCAUAAAGGGGGGGAGCAACCAACCUGCCCAGAGGCCGCAAUAGACUGAGCUAAGUAACAUGUUAAAUCUAAUUUAGGCUAUUUAAUUAUUUGAAUUGUGAAAAUAUAAUUUAUGGAUUGUUUAUUGUGUUUAUACAAGCCUCUGUUUAUUCCUUCUUCUUCUUCUCUCAACAACCCAGAACCAGUUAAUGAAUAAACCCAAGAACAAACUUGUUCCUCUAAAUGCACAGACACAAAUCACUUAUGUACCUGCAUGAAAAUAUGGGACAUUUAAUACAUUAUUUAUAGAUCAUUAAAGUCCUAUUAUUUAAUAAAACAAGUUCUUGGGAUACUU